GGCAGGCAGCCUAGAGCAAGAGGGACUACGCCUGCUGGAGCAGCAUGAAGAUACAUAUUUGGCUUCAGAAUACCUCGUACUGUGCUCAAAACAUGCAGGAUGAUUUACUGAUGGACAAAAGCAAAGCUCAGCCCCACCAGCAUCAAGAGCCGUCAAAUACAGAGCCUCCAUCCACCCCGACCCCCUCCGAGCCUCCGGUCCUGGACGAGCAGAACCACGUCGGUCACUCCGAGCGGGUCGCCAUGGAGUCUCCGGUGUUACCGGGUUUGGGUUUCCCUCAGGAGUCCUCUCUCUCGCCGUCGUUCGGCAGCACUUGGUCCACCAACACCGUAGACGAAGGCUUUUUCCAAGGGAUUCCGUCGGUAAACGGGACGAUGCUUUUUCAAAACUUUCCCCAUCACGUUAACCCGGUGUUCGGAGGUAAUUUUUCCCCGCAGAUGAGAAGGUCUCCGCUGAGUGUGAACCAGAGGAACCCCUACAGCCACCAGACCCUCAUCAGUAAAGUGUCCGCAUCGUCCGCUUCUUCGUCCGCCUGGAAUAACCACCAGAACGCGGUGUGGAGCUCCGCGGCGAACCCCUGGAGCGGCAGAGACCCGCGGAGAGCGCUCGGGCUGGGCGUCCCGUCUCCGCUCAACCCCAUCUCCCCGACGAAGAAGCCCUUCCCGAGCAAUGUCAUCGCGCCCCCGAAAUACCAGAGACCCGGAGCCCUGCAGAAACCCUGGAUGAUCGCAGAGCCUCCGGAACCCUUCAGAACCGACAACAGCAACAACAUGCUGCCAUUUCAGGAACGGAAUCGACCCUUUGACCCAUUCAACUUGCAAACUUUGGAGAAUUCCUUAAUGGACAUGAUUGGAACAAACCAUGACAAAGGUCGCAUGGGUCUCAACUUUCACCAUCCAGUAGCUGAACACAUAUUACCACUGAACUCCAGGAGCUAUGGUCACAGAAGAGGUCGCUCUUCACUGUUUCCUUUCGAGGACGGCUUCCUGGACGACGGUCAUGGAGAUCAGUCUCUGACCCCUGGCCUGAGCUCCCCCAGCCGCUGUCAGAACGGAGAGAGGAUGGAGCGCUACUCCAGAAAGGUGUUUGUCGGUGGACUGCCACCCGACAUCGAUGAAGAUGAGAUCACCAACAGUUUCCGUCGCUAUGGUCACCUGGUGGUGGACUGGCCUCAUAAAGCAGAAAGCAAAUCCUAUUUUCCCCCUAAAGGUUACGCUUUCCUGCUCUUCCAGGAGGAGAUCUUUCGUUCUCAGGUCCAGAUUCGCCCGUGGAACCUGAGUGACAGUGAUUUCGUGAUGGAUGGCUCUCAGCCUCUUGACCCACGCAAGACCAUUUUUGUGGGAGGCGUUCCACGACCUCUACGAGCAGUGGAGCUGGCUAUGAUCAUGGACAGACUGUAUGGAGGUGUGUGUUACGCCGGCAUUGACACUGAUCCAGAACUCAAAUACCCUAAAGGUGCGGGCCGAGUGGCCUUCUCCACUCAGCAGAGCUACAUCGCUGCCAUCAGUGCCCGAUUCGUCCAGCUGCAGCAUAAUGACAUUGACAAACGGGUCCAGAUUCGCCCGUGGAACCUGAGUGACAGUGAUUUCGUGAUGGAUGGCUCUCAGCCUCUUGACCCACGCAAGACCAUUUUUGUGGGAGGCGUUCCACGACCUCUACGAGCAGUGGAGCUGGCUAUGAUCAUGGACAGACUGUAUGGAGGUGUGUGUUACGCCGGCAUUGACACUGAUCCAGAACUCAAAUACCCUAAAGGUGCGGGCCGAGUGGCCUUCUCCACUCAGCAGAGCUACAUCGCUGCCAUCAGUGCCCGAUUCGUCCAGCUGCAGCAUAAUGACAUUGACAAACGGGUGAGUGAGCUCAUGUAA